AGGAAGUCCCCCGCGGCGCACACGUGCUCGUGCAGCGCCCGCAGCGUCUGCAGAUGUAGCGCCAGGGGGCGGUGCGCGGGCGGGAAGGCGGCGCGCGGGUCGAAGCGCGUGCGCGUGGUGCUGGCGCCGGUGGCCACGCCGCAGGGCACGUCCACCAGCAGGUACGCCACGGGCACGCGCCGCGCGCUCGCGCCCACCUCGUUGCCGUACGCGUCCUUCUCCUGCGCGACAAGCACGAGCACCGACGGUUAUAUCGCUACCGCUACUACCGACGGAACGUCUUCCCUCGACUAAAGUUAAGCCCGACUCGAAAGUAAAGACAGUGUAACUUUUGAGUCGGGCUUGACUUUAGUCCAGUUUACUGAAAGGGAACCAUGGAGACCCCGUCGCCUGGACCGAGGAUUCCCUUAGCCGGCUGUCGAAUGCGAACUUAAUUCAUUAAGGCUGUCCGACCGCUUUAUUUCUUUCACACGUUUUUAUCCAUUGAUCGCAUUCUCUGUUCCUAAAGAGUUAUCGAUUUCUUGCAAGCGUUCAGUCCGUUCUCUUCGCCAAUGGUUUAAAACAAUACAAGUUUUAAUACAUUAGUCUUGUGAUGAGAGGCUGUUAUACUCCAGAAACGUUAUUAUACGAAUUGGAUUAGCAGAAGAUAAACGUUAAGAUACCUACAGAUUUCUUCAACAGGCACUAAAUUGACUGAACAAAAUAUUAUUUUAGAGAAACGAUAACACGGUAAUAUUAUCUAUACAGUAUUCUAUCUUCAUACAUACGGUCGAAAAAAGCGUGUCAUACCUACGCCACUCGAGUUCGCGCGGCACCAGUCGGCAUCCAGUCGCGAACGCGCCGCAGCGACGACCGAACGGUGUCAAUUGUUUUUAAUCAAUUAGCCGUACUUAAACGUUUAUAUUGUGAAUAUUUGAUUGAAUUAAAUAGAUACCUACAUAAUUUAAUAUGGCAAAGACCAAUAGUCGAUAUUGUGCUGUUUUUGGUUGCUUGAACUCUUCAAUAAUUAAACUUUUUAAACGAAUGCGUAUUUAUUACACUAUUCAAUUUAAUAAUAAAGCUUUUCGUAGGCGUCAGUCAAUGCGUAAAUAUUAUUCUGUCUUAAAUCUAUAUUUUUUAUUAAUAUUACACUUAAAAUAACAUGUAUUUUAUGUAACACUUCCUGAUUCAUUCACAUUUUUUUUACAUAUGAAUUAAAAUAUUUACAAUCACAAAACUAGAAAGAAACUUAAUUAUGUAGAUGAAAUUAAAAUGCUGUAGGCGGGCAGCCCUACCGCGUGGAUACGCCCCGCUCGGCCGUAGGCAGUUAUUUCAAGGACAGGGCUGAGUCACAAUACUGUAUAGAUAAUAUUACCGAGACAAUAGUGUCGAUCCAAGCAUAAUUCUCUAAAUUAAAACUAAAUUUAACAUCAUUCUCUCAUUUUCAUUCGGUAUAGAGAAUGACAAGGAUACACCGUUGUCUUUCAGUUUAGGUUUAGAAAACCAAGCCAGAAUCGACACCACUGACUUUUUGUCAAAACUGUGCAUCAAUUAAACUUACGACACAUAUUAGUAUUCGAAGUCUGACUGACAGUAUAUGACACUUCCACCCGCCUAAAAGAUGAUGUCUAGAAUAAAAACUAUUUUAUGUCCUUAUCCGAAACUCAAAUUAUAUCCAUACCAAAUUUUAUCAAAAUCAGUACAACGGCUUCAGCUUUAAGAAGGCGUAACAGACAAACAGACAUACUUUCGCAUUUAUAAUAUAGAUAAAAUAAACAAAAAGUUUAUUUUUGUUCAAAAUAGGCAGUCCAUAGGCAACAUAUGGUACUACAACUACAAGAAGGCAUUAUGUUAGGUAUAUCGGCACGCAAAACAAUGUGAUAAUAAGAUGAAGUAAACUGUAGCAAUUGCUUCCAUUAAAGUGAACGUAAACUGAGAGACAUUAGGUAUUUGAAAAAAUUAAUUGCUGUCGUGCUUUGGCAAAUACCGUGCGAUAAGGACAACACUUUUGAAAAAUUUUCAGUGUAACUAACAAUGAAAAUUACGUAUAAAAAUCGCAUAAUUGGAGGUUUAGUUCUCGUCGAUUUUCUCCUCGCAAAUAAAAUAUACGUAAUAAAAAUAUACCACAAUAAUAAGUAGUUAUACUAGGCAUCUAUGGUUUGAUUUUAUUGUAAUGUUAUUGAAUCUCCACAUUAAAAGUCUUUAACGGAGACAAUUUUAUUUUUGAGGGAUUCUAGUUUCGGCAAAAAGGAAGACACAGGUGCAUAAAAUGAGUAAUAUAGGUAUCUCAUGUAUAAAAAUCAUUUAUUAAGUGGUAAGAAUCAAGAAGAAAUCGGUCGAGAACGUUUGCAUGGAAAAAUCAUUGUCCACCUCCCCUCUUGAAUUUCAAGAGUGGUAUAAACAGUAACAGGAACAACAAAUAAACAUCGAUCACAAUAAAAUCCGGCGAGGGACGCCCGGAACGAGUCUCAAAUUGCGGUGACCUUGACCCUCAGGCCCCGCCUCCCGCGAGCCCGUCCUCCGCGUGUACGGGGGACGACUCAUCUCACGCGACGACACACUUUCUCAAACAUAAAAAAAUGUGUGCGUGUACUAGUGUACACACGUAAGAAGUGAAACUUCUUUAUGGCCUUAUUUUUCGAAAAAUGAUCUACAUGCAACUUUCCAGAAAUUGGUUAAAUAAAGUUAAAUUAGAUAAAGUUUAAACAAAAGGAUUUUAUUAUCAUAGACAUGAAUACAAAUUACUGCCUAUGAAACUGUUAUGAUUACACGGCUCAGUAAUCUAAGGCACAUGUUCCACCUCCGACGAUGAACGAUAAGCGAGUAGAAACUAGAAACGAAUUGGCAGUCCUGAGUUAAAAUGCACGCGCACGGCUGUCAAAACAGCCAAGCCAGCUUAACCGAGCGAGUAUAGCUGAGCGAGUAUCGCUGAGCGUGUAUCGCUAUGCGAGUUUGGCUGAGCGAGUCUAAUCUUUAAUAACUAUUGUCACUCAGCUACAAACGAGUAGAGAGAGUUCUCGCCGGCGACAGUGUGAUCAUUCAGCUAUCAACUAUUAAUAUAAAAAAAGAUGGCGCGUAACGGAAAAAUGUGACGGUAAAUUUUUUUCCAACGCCGAUAAAGAAGUUUCACUUCAAAAACCGGCCAAAUGCGAGUCGGACUCGCGCACGAAGGGUUCCGUUCCGUUCCGUACUAUUAUCUAUCUAUACACCGUGUUCCUGAGGUUAUACACUAAUUUUGGCACGUUAUUCAGACUAUUAAAUUGAUCAUUUUUUACUAUGGACACUUUUAUGAAUUCAAAUUCCUUUAUUUUUUUUUAUUUUCAUGCAAACUAUAUGCUUAGAUGUAAUGUAUCUAAUAUGAAUUAUUCUUUACCUGAGCUGGCAACGUCACAUUUGAAACUUUGGUUCACAUGUCCACAUUAACUUUUUGAAACUUUUCUUGACGUCAAACAAUUUUUUAAAAUUUUGACUUUGUAAACUAUGGCUUAAAGAUCAUUAACAAAGAGUUGAUAGUUUGAUAGUUUUGAUUGCACAAAGUGGCAACAUCUCACAGAUAAUCUCUAACUAAUAACAAUAACUCUUUCUCACUGCACAACACAAUUAAGUUGGUUAAACUUAUAUUACCAAUAACUUAAAAACUAUGCUAUUUAAACUACUACUUUCCUUGUACGAUAUUUUUAACAAGAGCUAUAGAAGUAUCAUUCAAAGUUAAUGUAUAUCCUCAGGAACACGGUGUAUAUAUAAAACAAAGGUGACUGACUGACAUAGUGAUCUAUCAACGCACAGCCCAAACCACUGGACGGAUCGGGCUGAAAUUUGGCAUGCAGGUAGAUGUUAUGACGUAGGCAUCCGCUAAGGAAGGAUUUUGAUCAAUUCUACCCCCAAGGGGAUUUAAAGUAGGGAAUGAAAGUUUGUAUGAAACUUUGUCAAUUUUAAACCGAUCGGGCUUAGACUUUGCAUGCAGGUAUAAGAAGAAUAAUAGAUGAAUUUCAUUGUUUUUAAUACAAGCCUGAGAACAAAAACUGUAGUCUACACUUCAGCUCUACACUGAAGCGAAGCGAGGGCGGGCCCCUGGUACAACAUAAGAGUCUAUAUUUUUGUAUGGGUGUUCCUCUUAAAUAUUUAUUAUUAUACUGUUUCUAGUAUUUGUUGUUAUAGCGGCAACAGAAAUACAUCAUCUGUGAAAAUUUCAUCUGUCUAUCACAGAUCAUGAGAUACGGCCUGGUAAGAGGCAGGCAGACUGUGGAGUCUUAGUAACAGGGUCGCACCCCGGAACCCUACAUAAUUAAUAUCUAAGUCUUUCUUUCUAAUUAAAGAAGUAACUGACUAAAGGAGGAAGAUACAUUACAUGUGUUUGCAGCCUAUCAAUUUAUUGGUAGGACACACCCCAAGGUACAUCUCUAUUAAUUAAAACAUUCAAAUGUUCGUAAACAAAUGGGUCGGAACUAGGGUUACCAUAUCUCAGGAUUUGUCCUGAGAUUUCAGGAUUUUUGGACUCUUCUCAGGAUUGCGGCUGGAUUUUGCAAAUCUCAUGAAAUCUCAGGAUUUUUUGAAAUUUAAUAAAAAGUUAGACAAACUAAAAAUAAUUGCAAAAUUAAAAUCAGUACUUUAUUAUCCAAGUUAAUCUUAACUUAAUCAGUUUUAUCAUACUUAAUAUGUGAAGAUACAUUUUUAAGUAAGGUUUUUUUCUUUAAUUAUGGAUUCAUAUAAUGCCCCACAUGUUAAGUUCUAUUAGUUAAUUAUAUUGAUUUAAAAGUAUAAGCAGAGUAUAAACGAUAAUAUAACGACUUUUUAAAUUGUAAAGUACGUUUGUGAGAAAAUUCUCAAACUGUAAAAAAUCUCAGGAUUUUUCAAUGGAAAUCAAGCCUUUUCUCCGGACUUUUGAUAUUAUCAUCUGGUGACCCUAGUCGGAACAGUCGGCUCGGUACUGUGUCGGAGUCAGUCUAUAGAUUUUCGAUAACUGCGAGUGCAGUGCGAGCUGCGAUCGAGGUUUCCUUGAGGCGUAAACAUGAUGUUUACGUAGCGAGCGCGCGUCACAAACGCGGCGCAUUCGGACUAAAGGGCCCUAUUCUAAAUCAUUCGCCUUUAGGCGAGUGCUAGUUUCCCCACUCUUCUUUACCCGUUUAAAUUCUUCUUUAAAAUAAUAUUAAACUUUUAUUAAAAUCAUUCUGUGUGUCGAACGAAACUCGGUUCAAGUUAUGUUUAUUUUAUUAAUUUAAGGUAUUUCGAAUGCAUUAUCUUAAUAUAUAUAAAUCUCGUGUCACAAUGUUUGUCCUCAAUGGACUCCUAAACCACUGAACCGAUUAUAAUAAAAUUCGCACACCAUGUGCAGUUCGAUCCAACUUGAGAGAUAGGAUAGUUUAAAUCUCAAAUUAUAGUCGCAAUUUUAAUUUAUUGCAAAUUAUUACUUUUGGGCCGUACGAAGUUCGCCGAGUCAGCUAGUUAUUAUAUAAAAAUGACUGUCUUUCUGCCCGCUAUUCUCCUUCUUAAUAUUUAUUUUGCAAAAUCCCACACUUGCAUGUUCAAAUUAAGCUUUGAAUUGGGUAAGUUUUUUUUUUUAUUUUCCUUUACGUUAUAUUAAAUAUGUUCUUAGUUAAAACAAUUCUAUUUUGACAGUUUUGAGGUAGGUAAACAUUUCAGAUUGCUGAAAUUAGCGUCAUUUGCGUAGCGUCAGGUGUCGAACUGGACUCCUCGGUACGUACAUGAAAGUACCAUUUCAAACGAACGACUCAAAAUAGAGCUCCAGGUGCGUGGCUUGGAUCGAUAGCGAUAACGAGUGAUAACGCACGCCGCUCGCCGCCCGCCCCGGCCUGCGCGCGCACCGCCCUGAAGUCGGCGCGAGCCGCCGCUGACCUUGUGGCGGCGGCCGCGGCCUAUCAAACGCUGCACGUGUGCGCGUUACCACGCUUCGACACACUGACCUACUGUACUGUUAUCGCUUUGCAUUCACUUCCGUUUCUUUGUAUUUUUUCGACCUUAACGAGAUAAUACACCGGAUAAAUAUACGUAAUAAUAGAGAUGGGUAAAAAUCUCCCUGGGAACCGCCUCAGAUGAAAAGAUUUAUAUCUUUUGCGAUACCAUGAACGGCGGGUUCGCUCGACGGACGAACGAGUUCGAGCGAACCCCGCACGUCGCGACGAGGUCACACCGUCGGGAAAUAAUCUGUUGAUCGACUGACGCGAAGUGCGGUUCGGAAUCGCGAAACAACAUGGCGUUUGUACACAAAACGUGAGGAUGGGGCGCUCCACGUCGAUUUAGUUGGUUUUAGUUACUUUUUUACGUUUUUAAUUUCGGUCCGACGGUCGACGGUCGCCCCGCGUAAAAUGUGAUCCGACAGGGGCCGACACCGGCGCUCGGAGCGCCCGCACCUUCGGAACGAGAUUCGCCGUCGACGUCCGCGAAUCAUCCGAGAUGGCGAGCUCGCCGCACGGCGAAAUAGAGGAGCUGACGCUGUGCUCCUGUUGCAAGCGGCAAUUCGACGAGCGCGAGCGGCCGCCGAAGCUGCUCGCGUGCAAGCAUCACUUCUGCCUGUCGUGCGCGCGCACCGUGCUCGGCAAGGGGCGCGAGGUGUACUGCGUGCACUGCUGGAAGCGCACCGAGCUGCCCGACGGCCGCGCCGACGCGCUCCCCACGCACCAGCCCGUGCUGGCCCUCGCGCGCCGCCUCGCCGCCGUCGCGCCGUCCGUCGCCGCGUCCAUCGGGGCCCCGCCCGACGAGCUGGCAUCGUGCGGUGCUCACGCGCUGCCCGCGCUGUGGUGCUGCGUGUGCAGCGUGCGCGCGUGCCGCGCGUGCGAGGGGCACGCGGCGCACGCGCAACUGGUGGUGCCGGCGCGGGAGGCUCGCGCCCUGCUGGCCGGGGAGCGGCGCGAGCUGGCGCGCGAGCUGCGCCGCCUGCACGCCAGGCAACGAGACUUCCUGUUGCGCGCCCUCGACGCCGCCACCGCGCUCAAGCUGCGCCUCGAGGCCGAGCUGGCCGCGCCGCCCGCGCCCGCGCCCGCGCCCGCGGCGGGGGCGGGGGCGGGGGCGGCGCCGGGCGACGGCUCGCUGGCGGCGGCGGCGACGGAGCGCGGUCGGCUGCGCGCGCGGCUGUCGGAGGCGGCGCUGCAGGCGCGACUGGAGGGGCUGGUGCGCGCCGCCGCCGCGCCGCUCGACUUCCCCGCGCUGCGUCGCGCCCUCGACGGACCCGCGCCGGCUCCCGCCGAUCCCGACCCCGCCCGGCCGCGGCCCGACCCGCUGCUGUUCCUGGCCAACUACUGCACGGUGCAGCUGUACGCGCGCCGCCGCCCCCCGCCGCCGCCGGACUCGGACGACGGCCCCGACACGGACGCGAGCGGCUCGCCCGCCUCCCCGUCCGCGGUGGGCUCGCCGCCGAUGCGCGGCGCGUGCGGGGGCGCGCUGCCCCUGUUCUACUUCGAGGUGGAGGUGAACGGCGCGCCGUUCGGCCGGAUCGUGAUCGAGGUGCGCAGCGACGCGGCGCCGCGGAUGGCGCGCAACUUCGGCGCGCUGGCGACGGGCGAGCUCGGCGUCGGGUACCGCGGUUGCGCCGUGUUCCAGUGCUGGGAGAACGAGAGCGUGAUAACGGGCGACUUCGAGCUGAACAACGGGCGCGGCGGGCGCUCCGCGUUCGAGGAGAGCUACUUCAUGCCGGACGACACGCGGCUGGCGGCGGUCCGCGGCGCGGUGGGCAUGCGACGCUCGCAGAAGCGGCACGACAACCUGGGGCUGGUGGGAUCGCAGUUCCGCAUCGUGCUGCGCGAGAUGCGCGGCUUCACGGCCAUCUUCGGCAGCGUGGUGGAGGGGCUCGAGCUGGUGGACCGCCUGUCGCGCGCGGGCGACUCGGCCGGCAAGCCGCACAGCGCCAUCCUCAUCUCCUCGUGCGGCAAGCUCAACUAGCCGCCCCGCCCCCGCCCCCGCCCCCGCCUCCGCCUUCCCCGGCAUAUCGUUCCUCCCGAAUGACUCGCGACUCUCGUACCUUAUAUUUCGAAUCCGUCGGACCAACUUUUCGUUUCCUUUCGCGUUCGUCUCGCGUCUCGAUAUAUUUUUAUACGGUAGAGGAAAUUUUGAAAUAUAUACUUAUUUAUGCUAAUUAUUCCAAGUUCGUCGGAUCGAGCUUGCGUAGUUUCCGCUCGCGGCGGUCGUCUCUCGCGGUCGUAUUAGACGUCGGUGGGCCUACACUCGGUGAUGAUUUAUGGUAAUCGGUAAUGUUUUUGUUAAAAUACGAAUGCGGCGCGAUGCAUUCUGCACCGCGGCUGCGCGGCCGCACGUAGGUACGGCAGGCUUGGCUCGCGCCGGACGCCGGCUAGUUGAUAAGUUAUCUUAUAACGUUUCGAUUAUAUGUGUGUCAAUAUAAAUGUUAAACAUUAUAGAUGAUAUAUAUAUAUAUAUAUAUACUAUACAGUAAAGGCGAGUGCAGGGCGCCGGCUUCGACGCGCCUGCGCCCCGGCGAUAUUCGUGCGUUAUUUCGACGUUAUUUAAGAAGAUUAUAAAUAUAUUUACAAACUUCGUUACCUCUCGGAAAGAUACGGUAUAGGGAUGAUGACGAAAUAUAAUCCCGAUAGUCAGGUCGUUUUACAAGACUGUGAUGUAAGGUAAGCAGCCCCGCGGCUGACAGGGUGUCGACUGUCGACUCGUGUGCUCGUUAAGUUUAUUUUUCUAUUUACCAAAGUUUAUCGGCGUGUUAGGCUAAGCGUCGCCCUCUAGGCGUGUACUUCGUGUUGACUAUAUUCAUAUUAUACGGUAGUUUGUCAGUCGACAUAUAGUCUAUGAUGCGCCCGCGCUUGUUGAUGUUGUGUGUACGCGCGUACACUGUCCGCGACUUGGCAGAAGCGAAUUCGUGAUCAAUAAAUAUAUUCUAUGGAGCAGCAACAAUGGUGUUU